AGCUGCAGUGACCGCAGGUUCCCGAGCGAGCAGGAGCCGCAGCGGGCGCGGCGCGCAUAGCUGCCCAGGCUCCCGGUCCCCCGCCGGUGUCCGCGCCACUGUCUCGCCUCCGCCAGGCCCCGAAGGCAAGGACAAAGAAGGCUGUCUGGGAGGGUCCGUUGGAGCCAGAUUUACCUGCAGUUGCCGGAAACUACAGGCUCCAAGAUGGUUUGUGGGGGCUUUGCGUGUUCCAAAAACUGCCUCUGUGCGCUCAACCUGCUCUACACGUUGGUUAGUCUGUUGCUAAUUGGAAUUGCUGCGUGGGGCAUUGGCUUCGGGCUGAUUUCCAGUCUCCGAGUGGUCGGCGUGGUCAUUGCAGUGGGCAUCUUCUUGUUCCUGAUUGCGUUAGUGGGGCUGAUCGGAGCUAUAAAACAUCAUCAAGUGUUGCUUUUCUUUUACAUGAUCAUUCUCUUACUCGUAUUUAUUGUUCAGUUAUCGGUAUCAUGUGCUUGUUUAGCCCUGAACCGGGAGCAACAGGGUCAGCUACUGGAAGUUGGUUGGAACAAUACAGCAAGUGCUCGUAAUGACAUCCAGAGAAACUUAAACUGCUGUGGGUUCCGAAGUUUUAACCCGAAUGAUACCUGUCUGGCUAGCUGUAUGAAAAGCGGCCACCCAUGCUCACCGUGUGCUCCAAUAAUAGGAAAAUAUGCUGGGGAGGUUUUGAGAUUUGUCGGCGGCAUUGGCCUCUUCUUCAGUUUUACAGAGAUCCUAGGUGUUUGGCUGACCUACAGAUACAGGAACCAGAAAGAUCCUCGUGCUAAUCCCAGUGCAUUCCUUUGAGAAGAUAAGGAGAAUUUUUCGUAUUCUGAUCUUGUUCACAGCUAACUUUAAGUUAACGCUAAUUUGCCUGUUUAAGGAAACAGUAUCUGAAAAAUUAUAUUAUUGACAGUGGAAUUAUAUAUUUUUACUCUUAUGUUUCUCUAAAUGUUUUUCUUUUUCCAUUGCUGAAAAAAAAUGGAAACUUGUGCUCUCCUCUGAACCUCAGUGGUACCUUUAAUCUACUGUAUUCUCAGUGUCUGGCACUGUCCACUGUGGCCUUUCUUAGCAUUUUUACCUGCACAAAAACUUUGUAUGGCACUAUUGUGUUGAUUAUAUUGUGAAUCUAAAUACACAUCUCACUGGAAUAAUUAAUUGUAUGUAGCAUUGUGCUGUGUAGAUAGUUCCUACUGGAAAAAAGUUCAAGUUUAUGAAAGCCGGUCAAUAAAAGAUUCUAUUAUGUUAAGUUCAGAAUGGGAAAUCCAAAUUCUCACAUUUUUUUGUCUUUUUUAGGAAGUAUGUAUUGUGGUGAAAAUUGUUAACAUAAAAGUGAUAAUUUAGUUCUAGUAGUCUUUUAUGAUUAUACUAAUAUAUUCUAGAAAUAGCUAUGCCUUUAGGAAAGUGUGGUUUAGUUUUCGAUUUUUACAGGUAAGUGCAAAGGAAAUGGUCUCAUGAAUGUGCUAAUGUGUGGCAUUUGCCUUCAGCCUUCAAAAUGGAAUCACUUUGAGAAAUUCAGAAAGUAUGUAUAAUCUUGAUAUUCUUUUAUAAUAAUUUGAAGUCCAAAAGACUGUAUUUUUAAACAAGUUACUAUUAAUGCAUUGGCCCACGUAGCAAAAAGAUAUUUGAUUAUCUUACAAAUUGUUAAAUACUUUUUGAUGAAAUUUCUCAGUAUUGUAAUAGCAACUUGUCAAAUCUAAGUAUAUUUGAAUGUGACCUCCCAUAAUUUGAAAUUAAAAUAGUAUUGUGGUUCUGUAAAUUAUGUUAAAAAAUUAAAGGAUGAAACCCUUUCUUCGUGUAUAAGUGUUUGAAUUAAAAGAAAGUAAUGGAAGAAUUAA